CUCCUUUACUUCUUCUUUUUUGUCCAAAUGUCAGAAGGAAUCAAUACUGAAUUCACAUCAGAAAUCAAGGAACUUGGCGUAAUCCCCAUUGCAGAACAGGUGUUGGCGCGUAAUCAAGAAGUUUGUGGUGUGAUCUCGAAUAUCAGGGACAUUAUUGUACCUCAUACUCAAAGGCGUGAUUCUUCUAGGUUCUUCACUAUUGUCGACCCAUCUACAGGAACGUUGGGUGGACGCAAGAUUCAAUCGUUUCAUAGUCAAAAAGAAUGUCUUCCUAUGGGACAGGUUGGUGACAUCCUGAUAUGCCGUGGAUUGACACUGUCAGACUUUCAAGGAGAAGUCCGAGGUGUAUUGUCUGCAAGAUAUUUCUCAGCAUCUUGGACUACUCUUUCGAUACAUGAUCUCAAACCAAUUCCAGAAGUAGUCACCGAUUUUAUUGCGUCUCCAAAAAAUAUGGCUAUUGCAAAAGUAUUGCAAAAAUGGUACAAGCAAACCGGCUGCCCGUUACCACCGACUCCAGGAGAUGGCUCAAGAGAAAAAUCAGUAGAAAAAUCAAAGAAUGAACUUACUUACUUCCGUGGCAAACCCUUCUUAACCACUGCACAGAUAGGAGAGGGACUUUUUGCAUAUUGUAAUUUUAUUGGUGUUUAUCUCGGAUGCCGCUAUGCUAAUGUGUCUAUGACGCUGUCUCUGACAGAUUUUACUGUCAACCCGCACACCGGAGGUGCCACUAAACCAAGCUAUGGGGUUUCUCCAGACGUUAUACUGCUAUGUACCUUGUGGGAUGAACAUGCUGAAAACUGUCCAAAAUUGGAACGAGGGGACUAUAUAAUGAUAUUAAACGGAAGACGCAAAAUCAAUUCGCAUGGAGUUUUGGAAAUCAGUAUCCACGGCGAUGUAUUAAGUCCCGUAUACAUUCAAAAAGUGAUAAAACUAUCUCCUGACGACGAAAGACUAGAUGAUAUAAAAGCACGAUCAAACUCUGCAAAUGAACACAGCAAAAACGUUGCUGAUCCCAAAAACACUGGAGAGAAACCAAGUAAUCUAUUAUAUACAGAGAGUAUUGAACUUAAAGAGGCUAGAUCAGUUAUAACUAGCCCGAUAAUAUUGCCAUUAACAACGUUUCUCCAGAUGCAGACAGACGGUGUUGCUGGGAAGCUGUACAAUAUCAGAGGUUGUGUUACAGAUUUCAGAGCCCUUGAUCCAGCAGAGUGGUUUUUAAGAUGGUGCUUAAAAUGCGAAAAAUACUCUGCGAGAUUUUUGAAGACAUGUAAGAGCUGUAAAAACCCCUUGAGCGAUUUGAAGUACAGAUUCUGCUUGUUUCUUGAAGAUGCCCGAGGAGAUCAGUUAUAUAUAUUUUGUAUCGGAAGCAACAUUUAUAAUUUAUUCCCUGGUCUUCCGCCAUCUCUUGCACUCGAAAGUGUUGAAAUGGCAGAGCAGCUGUACGCAAGAAUGCUGAAGCUGUGCCCAAAAAAGGAUGAUGCAAAGACCUAUCUGGACUUCCGUGUCAAGUGUAUACAGGGGAGUGGACCACGAAAUUUAGCCAAGUACGCCUUGAAAGACACCAAAUUUUAUUUUGAAUAAGAAAAGAAAGAGAUCCAUACAGCCGAAAAUAGCAAGUAUUUUGUAUUAUGAAACUUUCCAAGGGUCACCUUUCUCUCUCUCUCUCCAUUUAUUGCAUGCUUUUCGAAAUUAAAUAAAAUAAAAACACAUUUAACUCCAUCAGCUUUUAUAUGUUAAGCUUGGAAAC